CGCGCGCGCAGUUGGAAACGCGCGGCGUGUCCCCGCGCAGGUGGAUCUUUCUCCCGCCACUCCUGACUGCAAGCUCUCGUGCUCAACGUUCACAGCACUGACGACACAAGGGUUUGAGCACGGGGGGGUCGCGCUUGGCGAGGACAACCCGAAAUAUGCCUUACAUCUUCCCGCCCUACAACACGAGACGAUUGAGAAGAAGAUGUCAUCAAGGUAGCCUACUUCAAGCACUGAGCCCCCCAAAAGCACAGGAGGAGUAGAAACCUGAGUGACUUUACUAUUUCUAGUGGUCGGGUGCCGGUGUGUGCACAGCUCUCCCACCAGGACUACAGUAGGACCCAGUCCGCUACCUAUAUUUCGUGUGAUCUGGUGGCGGUCUACGGCUCUCCAGCGGGACUACAGUACGACUACGGAUCUGGUUCCCCAUCCCCACCGGAGAGGAUAACCAGGGCGGCGCUCGGCUAGAACACGUCCCCGGCUGCCCAGAACACCAUGCACCGGGCAGAGACGCGCCCAAUGCCAUGCUGAACCUCUCGCCGCCGACCCUUCUGCGGGCAUUGACCGCCGUGGCCGGGCUGCUCCAGCUAUGCCACGGCUGGAGCGACGAAGACCUGCUCCUGCCGCCCGUCAACUCGACCAACAGGUUCCUGGCCAACCUGGAGGUCGACGUUCACUACUCCAAGAGAUCCGCGGUGGAGGACAGCGAAGCCUCGUCGUCGGACGGCUCCCUCCAGACCCCGUCUCAAUGCAACGUGAGCGUCCAGCGGCUCCUGCCCACCUCGCUGGUGGCUCGCUGGGACAGCAACUUCGGGUUCCAGUGCGACGUGUUCAUAUACACCACAAACAACCACGGAAGGGCUUUUUUCUCGGCUUCCUUCAACAGGGCCAUGUCGCCGGUGGUGAUCGAGCACCUCGGCGUAACCGGUGGGCAGCAGGAGCUGAGGCUGUGCGUGGGCUGCGCUCUCUCCCGGUACAGGAGGUUCGGUCAGGGGAGGUCGAGGGGCCAGCAGGGGACUGGGGACUCGAUCAAUUUCUGCUGCGUGGAUUUUAGCCUGGAUGAACUCAAGGGGGACAAAAGUUGGAGGCUCAACCGAAAGCCCAUCGAGUCGACGCUGGUGGCGUGCUUUAUGACCCUGGUCAUCAUUGUGUGGAGCGUUGCUGCUCUCAUAUGGCCAGUGCCCAUCAUUGCAGGGUUUUUGCCCAAUGGGAUGGAGCAGAGACGACCGAGAUAAUUCAAGUUUUCUUUUUCUUCUUUUUUCUUCUGGAUAAAAAGCCUGUGCUGCCUAUACUGUUUGUAGCCAUUCCAGCGGAGGUUUGUAAUACGUUAAGCCAACUGGGGUUUGGUUUAGAUUUAGCCGCUAGACCUCAAGGUGAGCUCCUGUAAUAAUGGAGCAUUGUCUAUUGCCUAGGUGUGUUUGUUUUUAACCCGUGUAGGCCUUUUUGUAGGUCAGCGUAACCGUGCUAACUUUUAUCCUAAAACUCUGUAUAGUUUUGGAACUUUAUAGAUUAUUUUACUUUUAGGCUUAUAUUUAGGGAUAGGAUUUUUACAUAGAAAAUGUUCUUUAAACUGUGCUGUCAUAUGAUAUAACUUAUUUAGUCGACUUUAAAAUACACAUGUAAGGUUUAAAAGUAUAUUCUUAACAUAUUCUCAGAAUAUAAAAGGUUUCUAAAGAUAGAGAUGAUGCCAACAUUUAUAUUGUCCGAUUUAUAAUAUCAAGUUCAACUUAAGAAAAGUGAUCAGUUGUAUUUAUGUUACGAUUACUAUAAUGAAAA